AUGGGGUUAUGUGCAUCUAAGGAUGAUAAAAACGGGAAAGAUGAGGGUAAAGUGCGAACAAGGCCUUGGAGCGAGAAUUGGGAAGGCCAAGUUAGGUCAGAAAACGGUGAGAAGUCAAGACAGAACGGUGCAUCGCCUAUGCAAAGUAUAUCGGCCGUGACGGCUAAUGGUAGAAAAAAGUCCACAGUUUCGACGAAUAGCAAGACUAGCUCGGCAGUAGGAUCUGGAGAUGGGCAAAAUGGACAAAGUAAUGACGGUAAGGCCUUGAAGAUGUUGCUUUUGGGCUCUGGAGAAAGCGGUAAGUCCACAGUUUUGCAGCAGCUUAAGAUUUUACAUCAAAACGGGUUCUCGAAACAAGAACUGUUGGAGUACAAACCAUUUAUCUUUGAUAAUAUUAUAGAGACAGGUAAAGACAUAAUAAACGCAAGACAUGAGUUUGGUGUAGAGUUAGAGGAUCAUGCGGGUAUUACGGAAAAGGACUUUGAGCUAAUAUUAAACUACAGGGGAGCCGAUGUGAGGGAAGAGGCCAUCACACCGGAUUUGAAGUUUGUACUGAGCAGGCUUUGGGAAUUACCUUCAACGCAGAAAAUGCUUAAAGGUGAACACCAGUCAUCUAUUUAUCUUAUGGACAAUGCUUCAUAUUUCUUUUCGGAACUGGAUAGAAUUGCACAACCUGGCUAUGUGCCAACUGUAACCGAUAUUCUUCGGACGAGAAAAAAGACAUCAGGUGUAUAUGAUACUAAUAUCGAUAUGGGAAGUGGAUUGCGUCUGCAUAUAUAUGAUGUGGGAGGACAGAGGAGCGAACGAAAGAAAUGGAUCCACUGCUUCGAUAACGUGACCGUGAUCAUUUUCUGUGUCUCCCUGUCGGAGUACGAUCAGACGCUGGCAGAGGACAAAAGUCAGAACCGCUUGGAAGAGUCACUUAUCCUUUUCGAUUCUGUGGUCAACAGUAGGUGGUUUACACGGACAUCCGUGGUGCUCUUCUUAAAUAAAAUAGAUUGCUUUGCCGAAAAGCUACAAAGUGUGCCACUUGAAAGGCAUUUCCCCGACUAUACUGGCGGGAGUGAUAUCAAUAAAGCUGCAAAAUAUAUUUUAUGGCGGUUUGUGCAACUAAACAGAGCAAAUCUUAACAUUUAUCCGCAUGUGACACAGGCCACAGACACUUCAAAUAUCAAGCUAGUUUUCCUUGCGAUAAAAGAAACAAUACUUGAAAACAGUUUGAAGGAUUCUGGUGUUUUGUAA